AUGGCUCAAAUAGAAAUGGAUACUCAUAAUUUGGAAUUUCAUGGAGCUGAAGCAGAAUAUGUUCCAAAUCGAGUUCAAGCGAAUCACCCAUAUGGGCUUCCAACACCGUCCGCUCCACCCACGAUAGAGGCAGCGUGGUUGCCGACGCCCCAAGCCCCUCACUCAAAUGAGCCGAAUGCGAUCUACCACCACCACCACCAAGGAGCAAUAUAUCAGCAACCUCCUCCUCCGGCGCCAAGUUAUCCUCAAGAUAUAGGGCAAAGGCCUUUUGCUUCAACUUACGCAUCACAUUCGCAACACUUUCAGCAAGCUGCUUACCAGGUUCCUCCAGGGUAUAUUGUUAUGGCACCAUACGUUCAUUCUACUUACCAGCAGCAUGUUGAGGGCUGGAAAACUGGCCUCUUCGAUUGCAUGGAUGACCCAAUCAAUGCUCUGAUUACAGUUUGCUUCCCAUGCGUGACGUUCGGGCAGGUCGCAGAGAUUGUGGACGAGGGUCGUACCUCAUGUGCAAGCAGUGGAUUGCUUUACGGUGUGAUAGCAUUGUUGAUAGGGAUUCCCUGCAUAUUGUCGUGCGGAUACCGCACCAAACUUAGGAGCAAGUUUCAGCUAUCCGAGUCUCCAGCCCCGGACUGGGUUGUGCAUUGUUUUUGCGACUGUUGCGCUCUUUGUCAAGAAUAUAGAGAACUUCAUCAACGAGGCUGGGAUCCAUCUGCAGGGUGGCAUGGAAACCUAGCAAGGAGACAAAACAUGCAGCAGCAACAGCAAUAUGUGAUGAUGGCACCAAUAAACCAAACAAUGAUGGGUUGA